AUGGCCGAAGUCCCAGAGACGCAUGUACUAGCCGUCGCCAGCCAUGUAAGAGACCGAGAGAGGCACCAUGUCAGAAGGCCACACACGAUGACUGACGGCAAGCAAAGGNUAGCAUACGGCUACGUGGGCAACACCAUGGCCACCUUUGUCAUGCAAGCACUUGGCUGCGAGGUGUCGGCCAUCAACACGGUCCAAUUCAGUGCGUUUGCGCCAGAAUCUACCACACCACAGUGCACACCUCUGACACAUGAUCAGGCANACCAUACCGGAUACAAGCAAUUCAAGGGACGUAAAACUCCUGCCGAAGAGAUCGCCGAACUGUACGAGGGUUUGAAGCAGUCGCGCCUCAAUGACUUUGAUGUGCUGUUGUCUGGCUACUGUCCCAGUGCCGGUGUUGUGCAACAGGUUGGCAAGAUAGCACGCGAGACCAGGUUUGCAUCGACCACCAAGCCGGGACCACAGNUGCUCGACCCUGUCAUGGGCGACGAGGGCAAGAUCUACGUCAGCGAGGAAGUAGUGCCGGCAUACAAGAGCCUUCUGCGAGACGCCGAUCUCAUCUUGCCCAACCAGUUUGAAGCAGAGUAUANNCUUCUCUCGGGCGUCUCCAUCACGGACUUCAAGUCUCUUGCUGAGGCCAUCCGCGUCCUCCACCGCUCGCAUCGUGUACCGCAUAUCAUCAUCACCUCAGUCCGUCUCCCUCACGACAAUGCGCAAGGACAAGAACCAGAGCUUUCGAUCGUGGGAUCCACUGCCGAUUCAGACUUCAACCCUCGCUUGUUCCGCCUCAAAGUGCCCGCAUUCCCUGUCUUCUUCUCAGGCACUGGCGACAUGUUUGCCGCCUUGAUGGUGGCAAGGUUACGCGAAGCAUGUCUUGCUGCGAAUCUCUUGACCACAGCGCAUUGGCAAUCGCCCGACGAAGUUGUAGCAAUCGAACUGCCCUUGGCAAAAGCUGCGGAAAAGGUGCUCGCAAGCAUGCACUUGGUGCUCAAGAAGACUAUGAAUUCACGGCAGGAAGAACUGAAAAAGAUGGAAGAUGCUCCAGAAUUCAACACUGGCAUUGGCAACGAGGCCGACAAGGACAAUGAGCGUGACAAGUAUCUACGCUUGACCAAAGCAGCCGAGGUCAGGGUUGUCAGGAACUGGAAAGACUUGGUCUAUCCCCCAGACAUCGAGGCCUUCAAGGCGCAUGCUGUCGAAGUCGAGCUUGAUCCUGACGUGUCGAUCAAGCCAGACGAGCUUGGAGUUGUCAACAUGGGCACUGGCCACGAGGUUGGCCAAGGCGCGGUGCACCAAACUUGA